AUGAAGGGGGAGGGGGGAAGAAACAAAAGCCUACACGGAGGAGCGGCUAAGCAGCGGAGACUGAGGGAGAAGGCGGAGACCCUGGUGGAGGAGCAGGGCGAGCGUCAGCCAUGUUGCUUAUCCGCCAGCAGCCCCUCGGCGGGCCCCAGCCCGCACACAAUAGCUCCGCAGCGGGGAAAGGGGGAGGGCACCGCUCCCCUACGGGUGGGUGCGGCGCGGGGCCGUGCCGGGGGAGGGCGGCAGAGCCCCGGAGCCCGGAAGGGCGGGGGGGUUGCCAAGCAGCCAGGGAGCUUGCGGGGAAAGGGAGAACAGAGACGACACCUCCAGACCGGAGCCUCCGUGGCCCCGAUGCCGCCCGCGGCUUCCGGGCGGGGAGGGCGGGGGAUCCACGAUGUGAGAGGCCCGAGGGAGGCGAGGCGCGGCCGGCCUGGGAGCGCCGGUCCCCCCACAGCGACUCCCUCCGGCUCUGCCCGGUACUGGGCCGGGCCAGGCCAAGGGCGGCGCGACGGGCUGCGCUACCCCCGUCCCCUCCCUCGCCCCGGUCGCUCACCUGCCGGCGGGGCGGGCGCCCGGGGAUGCCAGGGCUGCCGCUCAGCCCCUCCCAGCCGGGCCCUCAGCUUCUCUGCGGCGGCGGCAGCAGCGGCGGCGGCGGGCACGGCCGCUCCCCUCGUCUCGCUUGUCCCCCUCCGCCGCCGCUGCCUCCAACUCGCCUCUGCCACAUUUGGAUCCCCCUCUCCCUACGCGAGCUCCGCCACCAGGAUAGAGGCCUCCUCACCUUCCUGCCAAAUAGUGAGCCGCCUGCAUCGCGCCGUUCAAAACACAGGGCCGGGGCCCGCCCUCCUCCCCCGCGCUGCCCCCCCCGCCGCCGCCGCGCAGGCGCACUGCGCCGCCCCGACUGCGGCCGGCGCGGGGCAGCCCCGCCCGCCCCGCUGUGGGCGAGAGCGCGGCCUGCGGGGCCGCGGCGGCGCACGGCGGGUCCCGGACGUGCCCCAGGUCACCCUCGAGCCCUCUGUGUGCACGGAGGAUCACCGAGCCAUCUCUGAAUGUCCUGUGCUGGGAGGGGCCCACAAGGAUCGUGGAGUCCAACUCUCAGCCCUGCACGGGACAUCCCCAGGAGUCGCACAAUGCGCCUAA